CUGCAUUGGGGGGGGGGUCCUGUUAGCUUCGUGAUGUCCUGCGCGUGGAAGAAGUCUCUCAGCAGGACACGGAGACAUCUUACUUGUAAUUAAACAACAAUGUCUUCAAUUCAGUUUUUGAGAGAGUCAAUCAACGAGCGACUAACUGCUGCUGCUGAAGAAAUAUUCCGAGUUUUUCAAGAAACUAUCUCAGAGUACGAGAAAGAGAUCAACCGUCAGCGCAUACUGCUGGAUAUCGUUUGGAAACCUGAGAUAAAGUUAAACAGAAUAGAGCUCCCACAGCAACAUGUCUGUAAGGAGGAGGAGGUUCUCGCUGACCAGCAGCUCUGUAACCAGGAGAGGAACUCCAGUCUGGACCAAGAGGACCCAGAGCCUCCACAGAUUAAAGAGGAACAGGAGGAACUCUGUACCAGUCUGGAGGGAGAACAGCUGGUGCUGAAGCAGGAGACAGAAACCUUUAUGUUGACUCCUACUUGUGAUGAAAGUGAAGAUCAGACUCUGGACUUGAGUCCUGAUGAAACUCAGAGUGAAGCAGAGGAAGAGCAUGUUGUCAGCAUGUCAGUUCAAAGUUCUGUGGAACCAGAACCAAACAGUGACGACCAGCUGCUCCCUCACGACUCUCAUGUAGCUGAGAGCCAAGAUCACAAAGGAGGCAAACAUGGAGACUCAGGAUCAACUAGAAAAGCAGAGCCAAAACUAAAGAAGAGACGUCACAGAAGAAAAAAUCACACUAACAAUGAAGACAACUCUACCACAUUAAAGAUUCACAGUAAUACUGAUACAGGGAAAAAGUCCUUAAAGUGUGACACUUGUGGGAAAUCUUUUAAGUGGAACUCCAACUUGAACAGACAUCUGAGAGUCCACACAGGUGAGAAGCCGUACGCAUGUAACACUUGUGGGAGAAGAUUUAGUGACAUGACAGCAAUGAAAAGACAUAUAAGAACACACACAGGAGAGAAGCCGUUCGCAUGUAACACUUGUGAGAAAAGAUGCUCUGAGCUGGCCGCAUUAAAUGCGCAUAUGAGAGUCCACACAGGUGAGAAACCAUACCCAUGUACCACUUGUGGGAGAAGAUUUCGUGACAUGACAGCAGUGAAAAGACAUAUAAGAACACACACAGGAGAGAAGCCGUUCGCAUGUAACACUUGUGAGAAAAGAUUCAAUGAUUCGGGCGCAUUAAAAGUGCAUAUGAGAGUCCACACAGGUGAGAGGCCGUACAAGUGCACAACUUGUGGGAAAGAGUACAGACGUAGACAUAACUUGAAGUACCACAUGAGAAAGCACGCAAUGGGAGAAGAUUCUGGGUAAUUCCAGAUCAAAUCAACAGGUUUUAGAAAAAAUUCCCGACUGACCAUCAUUGAUUUGCUUCAUACAUACUGUGUAAAUUAUGUCAUUGCACCCAACAACUAGUGUGCAAAAUUUUCGGCUGGUAUCUUUUUCUGUUUCUGAAAUGUGGAGGCUUUAAAAAGGAGCCAUGGCCUGCAAAAUUAAUCAUUACGUUUGAACUAUUCAUGCUAGAUGCUUGAAAUUUUCAGGGAUUGUUCUGCACUAUUAUAUGUCUUUAACUUGUAAAAUAGUUGGCCAACAGUUGCAUAUUUGACAAAUUAUGGCUUGCUGGAAAUUGUAUAAAAAAAUUCUUUUGUGCUUUGGAGCACUAUAUCUUCACACUGAACCACAUCAGAGUAAAUUUUGAGAUAUGAUACUCAUGUUAUAGUACUUUUUUGGCAAGUCAGUGCAUGUCUGAAUGAAAUGUAAAUUUCUGAUUCAUGAGGCAGUAAAAACUGGAAAAAGUGAUUUCACACCGAUAUUUCAAGUGCAUAUUGCCCAUGUAUGACAAGGUCUACCAUAAAAAUAAUCAUACCACUGGAAGGAGCGUGUUUUAAUUAGUAAAUAGACAAAAUAUGAAGUUGGUAUUUGAAAAGGCACAUAAGAAUUCAUUCAGAUGAGAAGCUGCAUAAUUGUAAAACAUGCGAGAGAGAUUUGUGGUGAACCUGCUGCAACACAGAAAAGAUUCUGUUGUGUUUGAACUGGAAAAGCAUAUAAGAAAUGUUGCAGAGGAUUCAGUUGUGAUCAUGGAUCAAAUACACGAGAACACAUAAUGGCAGCACAUGUCAACAAAAACAAUCCAUAAACAGGACAAACAUUUGAGCUGAAACUCUUGUAGGUAAGUGUUCACCAAUAUCUUCCCAGUCCCAGUUACUAAAUUCUUAGGCGUUAUUGUAGAUGAAAGACUAACUUGGACAAAACAUAUUGAACAUGUUUGCUAAAGGUCAAUGAAAAUGAUUCAUCCUUCUUCUUAUUUAACUUUGUAUUAUAGUCUAAUCUAUCCAUAUAUGAAUUAUUGUAUUAUUGUUUGGGCUGCUACAUAUCCUUCACAAUUUAUUUUAAUCUAAAAAAGAGUUUUAAGAAUGAUUUCAAACUCCACCAACCAAGAGCCAUCUGCACCUUUUAUUUAGGAAAUUUGAAUUUUUGUCAAUUUAUUCUGUAAAUACUCUUCUAACCUGUGUGUUUCUGUUCAAAUUCAUAUAUCACAGGCAAAACCUUCCAGAUACAUUUCAUAAUUUUUUCCUUUUAUCGUCAGACAUUCACUCUUAUGCAAUGAGGCGAUCAAAGGACUUUCAUUUACCUUGCUGUCGCACUUCCAAUCAUCAAUUUUUUUAUCAAAUUUAGAGGUCCUCAUCUCUGGAAUUCACUAAGUACAACUUUGAAGUCGUCAUCUUCUUUAAUAAUGUUAUAAACAUGUUUUAAAAAAAUAUCUUUUAUCUAAAUAGAAUUUUGUGCGACUGGGUCUGUAUUACACCUCUUGCACAUUUAAAGUGUUCAAAUUUCUGUUUUGAUUAUUUCUUCUUUUCUUUCUUUUUCUCUUGUUUUUUUGCAAUACAUGUUUUUUUUGUUUGAUGUUAUAUUGUUUUAUGACUCAGUAUGUUUUUAUGAUGUGUUGAAAUGAAGGGGAGGACUUUGGAUAAGCUAUAACCUUUGUGCAAAUAAAUAAUUUUACUGUUGGCAACAGCAUUUCAUUGACAAAGUUACGGUUUGGUGUCGAUGGUCAAAGAUGGUGCUGAUUGUUAUAGUUUCCAAAAACAAGAAUCUUUACAUACAAAGUAUUUCAGAAUAAUCCACAUACUGUACUUCAAGUAGUACUUGAUAUUAUUUACAAAUGAAGCCUAAGUUUACAUGUGAGAGUGAAUGACAAAACUGUUUUAUUUUACUCUAUAAUAAGUCCCAGUAAAUUUUAAUUUGUCUUGGCUAAAAUAAUAACAGACAACUGAUUGGCAUUUAUUUAUUUACUUUCAGCACUUCGCUAAAUUUGAACUGUUGGAUUCUGUUGGAUAGUUUCUAUAAAUGUUAAUGAUUGACCUGUUAAAAGAUUUUUUUUUUUGGAUUAUGAGAUCUCUGAUGAAACAGAGGAAACCUCGACUGCUGUUGGCUCACUUAAGUUUUCAUAUUGCCGACUAGAGUCUUCUUGUCUGCAGUUUUUAUUUUCAAUGUAUUUUUUUCCUUGUUUGACUUGAGAUAAAAAUGUUUGUUGUUUGCUGUUUUAGAGAUGACACACAGAGACUGUAGAUGAUGUACUACAUGGUGUAGUCAAUGCAUUUUUAUCAACAAUACAAUAUUUUUUCAUGAUGGCUUUUCAGAC